CGCCCAGCAAGGUGCCAACUUUCAUCCCCUGUGUUCUUCACGAUCAUUUCAAUUAUAAACAGACCCUGCCAGUCGACGGGAGCUCUGUACGACAUGUCUUGAACAUUAGGACCAAAUCGAGCAGUAAAUCCACAACCGUUCUGCGCUGGUGCCCCUCCACAUCGACGAUGGAUGUAAUGAAAUCUAUGCUUGUCGGCGGCAAGAAUGAGAGUGGCAGCGACGAUGCUACACCGAAUAAUGGCGAUGUCAAAGUGACGAGCAGAGAUGAAAUGGUCAAAACCAUCGAGAGUCUUCAGAAGGCUCAAAAAGCUCAGUCCACAGCCAACGACCUGAAAUCUAGGGCAAUGGCGCUUACUGAUUCCAAACAACGCGAGAAACUACUGAAGGAGGCGUUUGACAAGGAAGUGGAAGCUCAUGGACAUAGCAAGAUGGCAAGACGAAUGCAAAGUGGUACAUGGCAAGGCUUCGGGUUUGGAGGAGGAAUCGGUGCCGCUACUGGACUGGGUAUUGGCGCCGGCGUGGGCACGGUACUAGGUGCUAUCGCAGCAGUUCCAACCACCGGAUUGGGUAUGUUGAUUGGAAGCGGCGUUGGUGCUAUACAUGGGCCAUGGAUAAAGCUAGGUGAGAAAGAGGAAAAGUUUGAGGACGCUGAUCCUGAAAAGGUGGUCGAGGCCUUGGAACAGGAGGUAAACCAAAAAAAUAUGUCGGAAGUCAACCAGGCGGCAGCAAGCACAGCAGCAUCGGAUUCAGGGAGAGAAGAGAGCAAGGAAAAGAUUGAGGAGAAACCACGAAGGAAGCCUCCGAAGUUGGAAAUUAGGUCUAAGCAUUCCACACAGUCCGACCAGCAAUCCCAGACAGGCGUGAAGCAGAAUGAGAGUACCAAGGAGGAGACAACGCCAAGGCGAAAGCCGAAGAAGCUGGAGAUACGGUCGACGAGAAGUAGUACAACAACAGUAACCUAACUCCGGAAAGUCUUUGCAGCGACGAUUUCGAUAGUUAUUUGCACUAUAUUUGGCCUCAUGGUAC